UAUUCAGAGGGGCAGAAAAUGGACAGAAGAGGAGAGAAUGAAAAUGAGGGAAUCUGCUUUGCUGAUUGAUUUAACUGAAAAGACCAAACAGCUCAAAGAAACAAAACAUGUACCAUCUGAGAGAGACACACAUCUAAUGGAGAGAGAAAAACAAGUUGAGGAGAAAGACAAAUUUUUGACAGAAAAUACAACAACACUUCAGAUGAAGGACAAGAUAUUAGAAGAGAAAGACAGACUUCUCACAGGGACAGAAGAUGAACUCAGACAAACAACAAAGAAAUUAAAGAACAAUCAUAGAAUACAAAUGGAAGAAAUGGAGAAAAGACUUGAGGAGAAAGAUGAAGAACUAAAAAAGGUAAAAGUACAACUGAAUGAUAAAGACAUCAAACUGAAAGAGAAAAACAUGAUUAUAAAAGAACCUUUAGAGACUAUUGAUAAGAGAGAUUCAUUAUUAAAGGAAACUAAUGAAAGAUCUGAAAGUGUUAAUAAGCAGCUUAAAGAUAAAAACACGCAACUGGAGAAUAACAUCAAACUGCUGAGAGAGAAAGAGACUCUACUGGAGAUCACAGUGAAAGAGGUGGAAAGCAGUAAAAAGCAGCUGGAGACACUGAGGAAGGAGCUGCAGGACAAGAGCAGCAAACUACAGGAGAUGAUGAUCCUACUGGAACAACAGAAAACUGAAGUGAGUGAAAAAGACAGACAGCUUGAAGAGAAGGAGAGACUUCUAAGUGAGAGAAACACACAGCUGAUGGAAAGAGACAAGCAGGUUGAGGAGAAAGACAGACUUCUAGAGGAGAGAAACAAGCAGCUGCAGGAAAGAACAGAUCCAGACUCAGCAGUUCAAGCCAGGAAAAGAAACGGAAAGGAGCUGGAGCCUCAAUACUUGAGUGGAGGGACUCCAAAAUCUGCAGCAACACUCAGGAGAAAAGGCAGUAGCCUCUCCAGAGUCAGUUCCUGUAUCAGGCUGGUGCUGCUGGGGAGGACUGGAUGUGGUAAGAGUGCAGCAGGAAACACCAUCCUGGGAAGAGAGGAGAGGAGCCGGGCUGGAGCGUCUACAGUGAGGCAGCAGAGUGAGAGCAGACAGGGGAAGGUGGCUGGGAGGCAGGUGAUUGUGGUGGACACUCCUGACUGGUUCUGUCCUGGACUCUCUCUGGAGAAGCUGAGACAGGACGUAGGACUCGUGUUUGUCUGUCUGUCCCAGGAUCCCACUCCUUCCUCCUAG